AUGGAGAGCGUGGCAAACUGGCUGGUGGACAAUCGGGACAAGAUCGAGAAAGGCUUGGACGUGAUGGGCCAGGCGUCGGAGGUCCUGGCCGCCACGGUGGGCCAGCUGCACCCCAUCCUGGAGGCCGUCUUCCUGGCCUCGGCUGAGAUACUCAGCAACCCGGAUGGCAAGGAGGCCGUUUACCUGAGCCAGAAGAUCGAGCAGGUCAACCAAAAGCUGGCGGGCGUCCAGAGCGACAUCGACCAGAUCGCCCUGGAGCUGCAGAAGACCUCCAUGAACAAGCAGAACUUUGACCGGGAGGCUCAAAUGCUGGGCCAGUACGAGAAGUUCCAGGAGUUUGUCAACGCCAAGCCCAGCAUGAAACAGAAGAAGAAGGACAAAUUCCUCAAGUAUUACGAGAACACCGAGGCCGACCUCAACCUGGAGGCGCUCUACAACGCCGUCACGGGGGAGAACGCUUCCGGCCGGCCCUUGCUGGAUACGGUGGUCGACACCGAGCAGAGGAGCCGGCGGGCGGUAGAGGACUUUUGCGCUCGCCUCAAGAAGCUCUUUGUGGUGGGCCUCAUCGCCGUCAUGGGCUAUGCCGCCCUCAAAGAGGGCGCGGUGGAGAACAACACCGUGGUCAAGUGGCAGGAGCGCAUGGAGGACGUGGAAACCCGCAUGAAGGCCGCCGUGGAGCACUGCGCUGAGACCUUCGCCGACCAGGCCAAGCUGGACCUGGAGGACACGUUGAAGGACGGCCAGUGCGCGGUGGGCCAGGACUUGACCGACUCGCUGCUGGCGGCGCUGGUCAAGAAGUACGACUGGGUCAAGUGGUCGGUGCGCGCCUUCAACAGCCGCGAGCGCAUCUUCUUCUACAACUGGCUGGCCGGACGCAAGUUCCACGGCAGCGGCGGCGCCAACUGGUUCGAAGUGGCCACGGGCAACAAGGUGAAGGUGGUGGUGUCCUUCUGCGUGGACCCGCCGCCCGUCGACAAGGCGGGAAUCUGCGAGCAGAUCGAGCGGCAGAAGCUGAAAGGCAACAUGAUGGCCGUGGCCCUCACGCUCAACCGCAUCUUCCCCGAUUGCCUGGUGCACGCCGUCAGCCACUACAAGGAGGUGGUGGAGUCCAACAACUUCAGCGUGGAGUCCUACUACUACGGCAAGCACAAGCGGGCCUUCCUCUGCAUCCAUCCGCAAUAG